AUGUGGAUGCUUACCCUAAUUCAGCUCCUUUCUCUCGUAGGAGUGAUCCAAGCCGGAUAUCCUCCUACACCAACAGGCUUGACGGUCAUCAAUUCGAAGUUCCUCCCGGGAGUCAAUAUCACCUAUAAGAAAGUGAAGGAGAGUAUUUGUGACGGGAAAGCGGCGUCGUACGCCGGUUACGUCAAUUUUCCACCCAGUGCUAUGACCGGCGUGGACCAGACGUACCCGGUCAACCUCUUCUUCUGGUACUUCGAAUCUCAAAACAAACCACAAGAAAAUCCGCUGUCUAUUUGGUUCAAUGGCGGACCAGGUUCUGCCUCCGUUUUCGGCUUGUUUGCCGAGAAUGGGCCGUGCCAUGUCCUCAAUGAUUCCAAGACAUCGGUGCCAAACAACUACUCCUGGAAUAAAUAUUCUAACAUGCUGUAUGUCGACCAGCCUGUGCAGGCAGGGUUCAGCUAUGAUGUGAUAACCAAGGGGUACAUGGACCUGGAAACGGCGUCCAUUUAUGCUGGGGAAGUACCCAACAACAGUACGACGAAAAUCGCAGGAUUGUUCGCGAGCCAGAAUAUAAGCAAUACGGCGAAUACCACGGAGAAUGCGGCAAGGCAGUUCUGGUACUUUCUUGAAACUUGGGCACAGGACUUUGACAGGUAUACCAACAAUCGGCAAAACUUCGCUAUCAACAUCUGGACGGAGUCGUACGGGGGCCGGUAUGGCCCAGCUUUCGCGAGGUAUAUCAAGGAGAGGAAUGCAGAGAUUCAAGCUAAUUCCACCAAGGGCAAAGUACUGGCUCUGGAAAAUCUGGGUGUCAUCAACGGCUGCAUUGACUUGCCGCUUCAAGAGUAUUCGUUCCCGAUAAUGGCAUUCAACAAUUCCUACGGGAUACAGGCAGUAAAUGAGUCGGUUCACAACCAAAUGCAAUCAAGUCUCGAACCUUGUCUCCAAAGGACCUCUGAGUGUCAAAACGUCGCGAAAAAAUUAGAUCCCGAAGCCCUCGGUAAUAAUGACGAGGUUAACUGGGCGUGUAGCAACGCCAGCGACUUCUGUCAGACUGCCGUCGAGUUUCCUUUUAUCAGUGAAAACAAAUACGGCUAUUACGAUAUAGCCCACUGCUACCUGGAUCCAUUCCCGGCCGAGUACUAUGACGGAUAUCUGGCACUUCCAGACGUGCAGCAGGCGUUGGGCGUUCCCGUCAACUACACGGAGGGAUCUCUGUCGAUUGGACAAGCUUUUACCAACACAGGAGACUAUGCGAGAAACGACAAGAGAGGGUACCUGGCGGACAUUGCAUAUCUGCUUGAAUCCAACGUCCAGGUGGCUCUGGUAUACGGCGAUCGAGACUUUGCAUGCAACUGGAUUGGAGGCGAAAAGGUCAGUCUCACCGUCGAGUCCAAUUAUUCUGCCGGCUUCCGGGCAGCUGGCUAUGCGGACAUCCAGCUCGAAGGCCCAGGGAACUCCAGCAAGUCUUGGGGAGUGGUCCGCCAGUACGGAAACUACUCAUUCAGUAGAAUCUACCAAUCAGGCCACAUGGUCCCCGCCUACCAGCCUGAGCUGGCGCUUGAGUUCUUCCGUCGUGUGCUGACCAGCCGAGAUUUCGCGACGGGAGAGGUCGAUUUGGUCGCCAACCCGCACUAUGCGACCAAGGGCCAAAACGCGUCGACGCACAGCGAAAAACCGACUCCUUCGCCGAGCCCGACGUGCUAUUACUGGUUCAUGCCGAGCACAUGCGCGCAGAACCAGAUCGAGGCCGUCAAGCUCGGGCAGGCCUUGUUCGAAAACGACUAUAUUAUCACGUCUCCCACUGCUCCGCCUGAAACAUGUCCGCCGCAGAGCAAGUAA